AAAACAAGAAACAGCCGGAGUGGGACUCUGAAGACCAGAACCGUGUGGACCAGAACCAGGGCUAGAUCCGUUUCAAACCUUUUCGUCAUGGUCCAGGAGUUUCACGUGGUCAGGUGUUUCUCGUGUGAGAGUUUUCAGGUUCAACAGGUGAAGAAGGUGAACAGGUGGAGCUGUAAAGUGUGUGGAGAUAAACAGUCGCUGCUCAAGGAGUUUGGGCGGGGCACUGGGGCCGACUGCAGACGUCAUGUUCAGAAACUGAAUGCCAUGAGAGGAGCCAUGAUUGAGAAGCAGGAGCAGAACACUUGGUCGCUAUGGGAACAGGUGGAGGCAGAUGGAGAGGAAGAACCUGAGGAGGAGCGAGACAACCAGGUGAGACAGACUCAGGUGAGCCGUUGGUGCAAGUACCUGGAUGAACCAGAGGAGGCGAAUGAAGAGGGGGAGCCGGAGGAGGACAAUAUUUUGAUGGACAGACAACAGCUCCAUGGCAACAACAUGACUGACAGGAAGAGGAAGAGAACCACAACUGUACAGUCCAGCUGCUCCAGACCCUCAGCCACAACCACCAGCAUGACCGACACCAGACCUCCCAGUCUGACCCACACUAGUCUUCCUAGUCUGAACCACACCAGACCUCCCAGUCUGACCCACACUAGUCUUCCUAGUCUGAACCACACCAGACCUCCCAGUCUGACCCACACUAGUCUUCCUAGUCUGAACCACACCAGACCUCCCAGUCUGACCCACACUAGUCUUCCUAGUCUGAACGAGUCCAGUCUGACCCAUACCAAACAUCCCAGUAAGAAGAGAAUGAAUCCUCCUAGCCUGAGUACUGCUCCAGUCUCCAAGUGGACUUGGUUCCUCAGUUCUGACUGUCAGGUGCAGGAGGGGAAGGAACCUUCUAUCAGUGGGCAGAAUCAGCCAAUGGAUAGAGCCACCUCUUUGUCCUGUGAUGUCAUCAGGCCCCACCCCCUGCGUCCUGGUUCCUCCCUGUUUGAGACCGAAGAGGAGUUCAGCUUUGAGGAUGAGGAGUUCCUGACGGAUCUGAGCGUUUAAACCAUAGAGUAGAUGAAACUGGUUCUGAAAGAACUGGAACUGAACCUGUUUCAUCUGAACUGUUCAGUUCUGAAACUUCUGGAGUCUGGUUCUCUGGUGAGAACGUUCUCAUGUUUCUGACUCUGGGUUCUAGACAGAACGUGAAAUUAAAACUCACUCAUCAGCAGGUUAAUGAAGGUGAUCAGCUGUUCUGACAUUGAUUAACCUGCUGAUUAUUUUGUUAUAAAUAUCAGUUUACUGAUCAGAGAAUGAUAUUGAUCAAUCAUUAAUUAGUUAUUGAAAAAUUGUUGCAGCUCUAGAAGAAAUAAAGACUUAAACUUAAAAUAAUAUUUCGUUGAUUGAUUAAUGAACUGAUUGUUUCCUCUAU